CGCCCCUCUCCCCGCUCCGCGGCGGCGGCGGGCGGGGACCGAGGCCAUCAAGACGCCCUCGGCCGGCCCACAGCCAGCGGAGCGGGCAGCGGUGAGUAAGCGGCGGCCGGCCGGGCCGGGCCACGCGGGCGGCGGCUGCUCGGGCAGGUCCGGGCAGGGCCGGGCGGGGAGCAGAGAACCGAGCCGGGACCCCGCGCCGCGGGCCGAACGAGGACAGCGAGCGGCGGCCCCGCCUCCUCCCCGCCCUGCACCCGCCGCCCGCCGGUCGGCGCCCCGAGCUCCCAGCGGCGUCGGAGCCGCAGCCGCAGCAGCCGCCGGAGCCGCCGCCGGAAACCGGCCUGCGCCCGGCCGGAGGUCGAAGCCUGGUCCCGGCGGCGCCCUGAGCUGGGUCCGGUUCCCGCGCCGCUCAUGGCGGGGCCGCGGGGCGCGCUGCUGGCCUGGUGCCGCCGCCAGUGCGAGGGGUACCGCGGCGUGGACAUCCGCGACCUGAGCAGCUCCUUCCGGGACGGCCUGGCCUUCUGCGCCAUCCUGCACCGGCACCGGCCCGACCUGCUGCCUGUUCUCCCCAAGGACAGCACCUGGGAGGUCUUUGAUGAAGGAGAGAAGCAAGAGAUUUUGAUUCACUUUCCAAGGACGAUGUCUUGGAGAAUAACCGUUUGGCUUUUGAAGUGGCCGAGAAGGAGCUGGGGAUCCCCGCUCUCCUGGACCCCAGUGACAUGGUCUCCACGAGUGUCCCUGACUGCCUCAGCGUCAUGACCUACGUGUCCCAGUAUUACAACCACUUCGCCAGCCCCGGCCAAGCUGGUGUCUCACCUCCCAGAAAGGCCCUGGCACCCUCCUCCCCGCCAUCCAAAGCACCUACUGCAGCAGAACCAGGAGAGAGGGGUCAGGGUGAGGAGCUCUCCGCGGGCAGCCUGUCCGAGCAGGGUGCCCUCCGGACCCCCAGCAGCAUGUGCGCAGCCUGCCAGCAGCACGUCCACCUGGUGCAGCGCUACCUGGUGGAGGGCAAGCUCUACCACCGCCAUUGCUUCCGGUGUCGGCAGUGCUCCAGCACCCUGCUGCCCGGAGCUUACCGAAGUGGGCCUGAGGAGGGUACCUUCAUGUGUGCAGAGCGCUGCACCAGGCUGGGCUCUGGGGGGUGGUCGGGGGCCAAACCUGGGCUCCCCGGGCAGCCAAAGCAGCAGCAACUUGCAGAAGAAGCCAAGGCUGUGGAGGGGGGCAGCCCCAGCCCUAGCGUGACUACAGGGCCUGAGGUGGACAUACCCAAGGCCAGCCCCGAGGCCCAGCCCCAGGUCCCCACCAAGCCCCAGGUUCCAGGCAAACCGCAGGAGCUGGGCAGCUCCCCGGCUGGCCGCCCCACGCCCGCCCCCAGGAAGGCCUCUGAGAGCACGGCCCUGACGCCCCCAACGCCCCGGCCCCGGUCCAGUCUGCAGCAUGAGAAUUCGGGGGAGCACGGUGGCAGCAGCAGCCUGGUGAACGGAAGGCUGCACGAACCCCCUGUCCCCAAGCCAAGAGGGACGCCCAAGCUGUCAGAGAGGAUGCCAGCCCCCAGGAAGGACCCCCCAUGGAUUGCACUGGUGCAGGCAGAGACAAAGAAGAAGCCUGCCCCCCUUCCCCCCAAUAGCAGCCCCGGGCCGCCGAGCAGGCGGGUGGGGAAUGGAGGCGUAGAGGAGGUGGCCGGGCAGAGCCCACCAGCAGCAGGCCUGGAGCCCAAGGCCUACAACCCCUUUGAAGAUGAGGAAGAGGAGCCCCCAGCUGCACCCAGCCUGACCACAGGCCCUGCCCUGGCCUGCCCCGAACCCACACCCAAGUCCCUGCACCCCUGGUAUGGCAUCACCCCCACGAGCAGCCCCAAGACAAAGAAGCGCCCUGCCCCCCGAGCGCCCAGUGCAUCCCCGCUUGCUCUCCACGCCUCCCGCCUCUCACACUCGGAGCCACCAUCAGCUACCCCAUCGCCAGCCCUCAGUGUGGAGAGCCUGUCGUCAGAGAGCUCCAGCCAGACCCCCAGUGGGGACCUUCUGGAGCCACCAGCUGUGCCCAAGAGCUCCUCAGAGCCUGCAGUCCAUGCCCCAGGCACCCCUGGGACCUCUGCCAGCCUCUCCGCCAGCUCCUCCCUGGCCUCUUCUGGGGAGCUGGUGCAGCCCAAUGUGGACCAGACACCUCAAGCGAGCUCUGGCCUUGCCCCCAGUCCUAGGGGCAGCCUGGGUCCCCAGCCAGCCAAGCCCUUCAGUGGCGCUGCCCCCACACCUCUCUCGUUAGUUGGAGACAAGAGCCCCGUGCCUUCUCCUGGAGCCUCAUCCCCACAGCUCCAGGUAAAGUCUUCCUGCAAGGAAAAUCCUUUUAACCGGAAGGCAUCACCCACCUCAUCCCCAGCUACAAAGAAGGCUACCAAGGGACCCAAGCCAGCAAGGCCGCCUGCCCCAGGACACGGCUUCCCACUCAUCAAGCGCAAGGUCCAGGCUGACCAGUACAUCCCUGAGGAGGACAUCCACGGGGAGAUGGACACCAUCGAGCGCCAGCUCGAUGCCCUGGAACACCGUGGGGUCCUGCUGGAGGAGAAGCUGCGUGGUGGAAUGGCAGAGGGUCGCGAGGACGACAUGCUGGUGGACUGGUUCAAGCUUAUUCAUGAGAAACAUCUGCUGGUGCGGCGGGAGUCUGAGCUCAUCUAUGUCUUCAAGCAGCAGAACCUGGAGCAGCGCCAGGCUGACGUGGAGUAUGAGCUCCGGUGCCUUCUCAACAAGCCAGAGAAGGACUGGACAGAGGAGGACCGGGGCCGAGAGAAGGUGCUGAUGCAUGAGCUCGUGACCCUCAUCGAGCAGCGCAAUGCCAUUGUCAACUGCAUGGAUGAGGAUCGGCAGAGGGAGGAAGAGGAAGAUAAGAUGUUAGAAGCCAUGAUCAAGAAGAAAGAGUUCCAGAAGGAGGCUGAACCCGAAGGCAAGAAGAAGGGGAAGUUCAAGACCAUGAAGGUGCUGAAGCUGCUAGGAAACAAGCGUGAUGCUAAGAGCAAGACUCCCGGGAACAGAAGCUAACAACAGGGGGGGCCAGCGUGGGACCUCCCCCCUCCUGGCUCAGCCCCUGGUUUCGGCUUCGCUGGGGGCACCUUGCUUCCCUUCAGGAUCAGUUGAGAGAAAAGAUGACUUAAGGGGAGGGAGCCUGUGGGUGGCGGCCUCUCCCUCCUCAGGGUCCUCUGGCUGGUCUGGGCCAAAGAGUAUUCUUCCCUUUUCUCUGAGCUGCAGGCAGCAGUGGCUCAGCCCUGCCUAGUCGGGCUCUGCUGUUCCAGGCGCUGUGACCGACCCCAGGAGCAGGUAGGGUCCUGCGUCCAGGGAGCACAGCAGCUGAGCACGCCUUGCCCUUGUCCUUACCAGGAUGGCAGCUCCUCGGUCGUCUUCCCUUCUGUACCACAUCCAGAUGGGAGUCUCAGCUGUCAAAGUUCCGACCCAAAGGUCCUUCCACCCCGGAGCCGGCCCAUGGUCGCCCUCUGGCCUUGGUCUCUUGCCUCUAGGGCUUUCCCCGUGUUGGCAGGCCAGCAAGCAGGGCUUGGCGGCACCGGCUUCUUGCUGCCCCAGCCUGGCUCUGAGUCCCUGUCUUCUUUUCCAGUGUGGGCGGCCCUGAAUCUUUCGCCUCACUCAGGAGCUCUAUUUAUGAAGUCUCUAAUUCAGUUUGAGUUCAUUACUGCGUCCCUGGACAUGACCGCCUGGCAGACAAACUCUCUGUCAGUCCCUCAAGGCUCUCGGCAGUGCUUCCCUCACCCUCCCUUGUUCUACAGAGACCUCACUUCCCAGGACCUGGGGCUGUGACAGCCAGGCUUGGGUAGGCGGCUCCGAGGGCCGAGGCCCCAGAGAGUGCUUCUGGGAGGCAAGGCCAGUUGCCAUUCUGGUCCCUGAUCAUCAGCAGAGGUGGGGGUGCUUCAUGGAGGUGCUAAUCCUGGUUCUUAAACACACUGUAGGCUGAUCAUUUGUUUAGACUGACACCCCACUCCCGCCUCCUACCCCACCAGGCUAGGGAGGGGCCCACUCUUUCAAGUGGCCAUUGCUAGGCUGACCCCACACACUUUCUCUUGUCCAUUCUCUCCUGACCUUUUCCCACCAUGUAACACUGAGAUGGCUGUGGGAGAGGGGGAGCCAAUGGGGACAACUGCCUUUCCCCCAGGAAAUGUGCCCAGCAGUUCUUGGUCGAAGCACUGUUGCUAUAAGCUACUUCUGGGGCGUCUCCAGGGCCCCAUUCCCUCAGCGUACCUCUGGGGCAAGAUCACACUGUAUUAACUUGAGGAUUUUCCUCACUGACAAUAAAUGGAGAUGACCUCAGUUGCCAGUGCCCUGCAGCGUUGGGGCACUUUUCCCUUGACUAGGGCUGCCUUCUUCCCUGCCUCCACCAUGCUUCGUGGCUGGGCAUCUCUGGUGGACCAGGACAGAGUGCGGGCUGUCCAUGGCAGGGGCCAUGGCGCUCACUGCCUGCCACCAGACUGGACUCCCCUCCUCUGCAGGGAGAGGUGGCUCCCACACCUGUGAAGUCCCUGUCGGUCUCCUAAAUAUGCCUGCUGGCCUGCAGUUGGGGUCACCAACUCCAGCGCCUUUCAGGGGCCAGGCAGGUAACACGUGAACUGGGCUGGGUAUAACUUGAGGGACGGUUCUGUUGUGUCAAGCUCUUCUCCAUGUCUGGCGGUGGAGACUGGGAUGAACUGGAGUGUCCAUCCCUGUGACAGCUAAAGGGUGAGGUUCUUCCUCACUUAAGUUAACUAUAGCUUGUGGGAAUGUGGGCCCAGUGUUGCCAGAUCUUUCCACUUUUUUCAAAAGAAGCUAGAAAUCCA